AGCGCCGGCCGGCGGCAAAGCGGUGGCGGCUGCCGCGCUGGGAAGUCGCUCGUGGUCCUGCGCCUUCGCCGCACGCCGGGUGGGUCGGGGCGGCGUGGCGGGCGGCAUGGAAGCGGUGCCCCGCGAGGAGAAGCCCAACCCGCUGCAGGAUGCCAACUUCUGCUCCCGGCUGUUCUUCUGGUGGUUGAAUCCUUUAUUUAUUACUGGCCAUAAACGGAAGCUUGAAGAAGAUGAUAUGUAUAAAGUGCUGCCAGAAGAUUCCUCAAAGAAGCUUGGAGAGGAAUUGCAGUGGUACUGGGAUAAAGAGGUGCAAAAAGCAAAGAAGAGGGGAAAAAUGCCGCAUUUAACAAAAGCCAUUAUUCUUUGUUACUGGAAGUCCUAUUUAGUUCUUGGAGCUUUCACAAUGAUUGAGGAAACCAUCAAAAUAGUUCAACCAAUUUUUUUGGGAAAAAUUAUUAAUUAUUUUGAAACCUAUGAUUCCUCAGAUGAGGUAGCUUUGAAUUUUGCAUAUUGCUACGCAGCUGCUCUGUCUGUGUGCACACUUAUUCUAGCUAUAAUGCACCACUUGUACUUCUAUCACGUACAGCGGGCUGGCAUGAAGCUGAGGGUAGCCAUGUGUCAUAUGAUUUAUCGGAAGGCGCUUCGUCUUAGUAAUGUAGCUAUGGCAAAAACUACUACUGGUCAAAUAGUAAAUCUUCUGUCAAAUGAUGUGAACAAAUUUGAUCAGGUAACAAUUUUCUUGCACUUCUUGUGGGCUGGACCAAUUCAAGCUGUAGCAGUAACAGCACUUCUCUGGAUGGAAAUAGGCCCAUCAUGUCUUGCAGGAAUGGCAGUUCUGAUUAUUCUUCUUCCUGUCCAGACCUGCAUUGGGAGGCUUUUUUCUUCCCUCAGAAGCAAGACAGCUGCCUUAACAGAUGUCAGGAUUAGGACCAUGAAUGAAGUGAUAAGUGGUAUGAAGAUAAUAAAGAUGUAUGCUUGGGAAAAGUCAUUUGCGGAACUUGUGAGUGGUUUAAGAAGGAAGGAGAUCUCCAUGGUUAUGAAAAGCUCCUACCUUCGUGGACUGAACUUGGCCUCUUUUUUUGUGGCAAGCAAAAUAACAGUGUUCAUGACUUUCAUGGCAUAUGUGCUGCUCGGAAAUGUUAUCUCUGCAAGUCGAGUGUUUGUUGCAGUGUCCCUGUAUGGUGCAGUGAGACUGACAGUAACUCUGUUCUUCCCUGCGGCUGUUGAAAGAGUAUCUGAGGCAGUGAUUAGCAUCCGACGAAUCAAGAACUUCCUGAUGCUUGAUGAGGUCUCGCACUUCAAGCCACAACUGCAUAGUGAUAAUGAGAAUAUCAUUCUUCACGUUCAGGAUUUGACUUGCUACUGGGACAAGAGUUUAGAAACACCAGCACUUCAGCAAAUUUCGUUUACUGUCCGACGAGGGGAAUUAUUGGCUGUGAUUGGACCUGUAGGAGCUGGAAAAUCUUCUCUCUUAAGUGCUGUGCUUGGUGAGCUGCCUAAAGACAAAGGUUUGAUAAAUGUUACAGGAAGAAUUGCCUAUGUUUCUCAGCAGCCUUGGGUGUUUUCUGGCACAGUAAGAAGUAAUAUACUGUUUGAUAAGGAAUAUGAGAAAGAAAAAUACGAAAAAGUUUUAAAAGUCUGUGCUCUUAAAAAGGACUUGGAAUUAUUAGCAAAUGGUGACCUAACAGUAAUAGGAGAUCGUGGAGCUACUCUGAGUGGGGGACAGAAGGCCCGUGUAAACCUGGCCAGAGCUGUGUAUCAAGAUGCAGACAUCUAUCUUUUGGAUGAUCCACUGAGUGCAGUAGAUGCUGAAGUUGGAAGACAUUUGUUUGAAAAAUGUAUUUGUCAGGCCUUACAUCAGAAGAUCUCUGUUUUGGUCACUCAUCAGUUGCAAUAUCUCCGUGCUGCAAAUCAGAUUCUAAUUUUAAAAGAUGGUAAAAUGGUGGGGAAAGGUACGUAUGCAGAGUUCCUGAGAUCUGGCAUCGACUUUGCUUCCCUUUUGAAAAAAGAUGAGGAGAUAGAACCUCCAUCAGUUCCAGGAACCCCCAACCUGAAGUCUUCCCGGAACCGAACCUUCUCGGAGUCCUCUGUCUGGUCCCAGGAUUCGUCUGUGCACUCACAGAAAGACGGAGCAGUGGAACAACCACCUGGUGAAAAUACAGUGGCUGCAGUGCCAGAGGAAAGUCGCCAUGAGGGAAAAAUUAGCUUUAAAGUUUAUAGAAAAUAUUUCACCGCAGGAGCAAACUACUUUGUGAUUUUUAUACUCAUACUAUUCAAUAUUCUGGCACAGGUGGCCUAUGUGCUCCAAGACUGGUGGCUUUCUUACUGGGCAAAUCGUCAAGAAAAGUUGAAUCUCACAACAAAUGGAAAUAAUGGAACAAAUGGGACUCAACAUCUAGACCUUAACUUUUAUUUGGGAAUUUAUGCAGGUUUAACAGUGGCUACAAUACUAUUUGGCAUAAUCAGAAGUCUUCUGGUGUUUCAAGUUCUUGUCAAUUCUGGUCAGAAUUUGCACAACAAAAUGUUUCAAUCCAUUUUGAAAGCUCCUGUGUUGUUUUUUGACAGAAAUCCCAUAGGAAGAAUCUUAAAUCGUUUCUCCAAAGAUAUUGGCCACCUGGAUGACUUGCUUCCUUUGACGUUUUUGGACUUCAUGCAGACUCUCCUACAGAUUUUUGGUGUGGUGGCUGUGGCUGUGGCAGUGAUUCCUUGGAUACUCAUCCCCUUAAUUCCACUAUUUAUUCUUUUCAUUUUUCUUCGACGAUAUUUCUUAGACACUUCAAGAGAUAUUAAACGUCUAGAAUCCACAACUCGAAGUCCAGUAUUCUCCCACUUGUCGUCAUCCCUCCAGGGUCUGUGGACUAUUCGGGCUUUGAAAGCAGAGGAAAGAUUUCAAAAAUUAUUUGAUGCACACCAAGACCUUCACUCAGAGGCCUGGUUUCUGUUUUUGACGACCUCAAGGUGGUUUGCUGUGCGUCUGGAUGCCAUCUGUGCCAUUUUUGUUAUAGUGGUUGCUUUUGGUUCCCUGCUUCUUGCUAAGACUCUGAAUGCGGGCCAGGUUGGUUUGGCGUUAUCCUAUGCGAUCACCCUCAUGGGAACAUUCCAGUGGGGUGUGAGACAAAGUGCUGAAGUUGAAAACCUGAUGAUAUCAGUAGAACGAGUAAUGGAAUACACAGAUCUUGAAAAAGAAGCUCCGUGGGAGACCAACAAACAUCCUCCACCGGAAUGGCCUAACCAAGGAAUGAUAGCAUUUGAAAAUGUUAACUUCACUUACAGUCUAGAUGGACCUUUGGUCUUAAGACACUUGUCUGUUUUAAUUAAACCGAGAGAAAAGGUUGGAAUAGUGGGAAGAACUGGAGCUGGGAAAAGCUCUCUGAUAGCAGCCCUUUUUCGCUUGGCGGAACCCGAAGGAAAGAUUUGGAUUGAUAAGUACUUGACAUCAGAGCUAGGACUCCAUGACUUACGGAAGAAAAUUUCAAUUAUACCUCAGGAGCCUGUUUUAUUCACUGGAACUAUGAGGAAAAACCUAGAUCCUUUCAAUGAAUACACUGAUGAAGAGCUGUGGAAUGCCUUGGAAGAGGUGCAGCUGAAGGAGGUUGUGGAAGACCUACCUAAUAAAAUGGAGACGCAGCUGGCAGAAUCUGGAUCUAAUUUUAGUGUUGGUCAGAGACAGCUGGUGUGUCUUGCCAGAGCAGUUCUAAAAAAAAAUCGUAUUCUUAUCAUCGAUGAAGCAACAGCAAAUGUGGACCCAAGAACAGAUGAGUUCAUUCAAAAGACGAUCCGUGAAACCUUUGCUCACUGCACAGUGCUGACCAUUGCACACCGCUUGAACACCAUUAUUGACAGUGAUAGGAUUAUGGUUUUAGAUGCAGGAAGACUGAAAGAAUAUGGUGAACCUUACAUUUUGCUUCAAGAGCAAGACAGCUUGUUUUAUAAAAUGGUGCAACAAGUGGGCAAGACUGAAGCGGCUUCUCUGUUUGAAACAGCAAAACGGGUAUACUUCAGCAAGAAUUACCCAGAAGUUGUUCAGAAUGGUCAGCUCACCACAGACUCCUCCUUGGAUCCUUCCUCAGGAUUAUGCGUAACCGAAACUGCACUGUGAUUCCUAAGAGCCUUAACUGUUUUCCAUAGAAUGUAACCCUGAGAUCAUCUAAACUCAGUGGCAAUGUUUGCAAGUGUCAGCGGGAGAGGAAAGGGAGGGGGCGAUUCUUUGCACUGGACAUCCUUCCUAUUUAAUACUGAGAAGAAAAUUUUUACUGUCCCUGUUUCUUUAAUUUCAGUGCAAUAUGUUUUCCUAUCCAACUAAUAAUGUUUGUGUUGCUAAGGAAAUUAGGCAGAUUCAGUUUUUGUUUGAAAGUUACGUGGUAGAGAUCUCUUUUAUUUAAACAGGUGCAGGACACCUAACAGGUCUAGGGUGCAUAUUUGGAGCUUAUUAAAAUAAUUGGAAUGUGUCUUUUUUUUCCUUUUAAAAAUAUUUUGAGAACAAGCAAAACCAAAAUUUUUUCAGUGUCACUUUUGUCGUGACAACUGUGUCUAAACAGCAGAUUCGGUAGUGUGCAACUUAGUUGUCCAGAGCAACUGCUAUAAGUAGCUAUGCAGGUUGAUAGAAAAAAGACUUGAAGAAGCCAAAAAUACUUUUUGUUUUUGAUAGCAGAAAGAAAAAAGUAUACUUAUUUUUUGAUAAAUAGUUCAAAUAAUGCUGUUCAAGAUGAGUGUAAAUAUCAGUUUUAUUUUGCUAAAAUCCAAAUGCUGAAAAAUCAAUCUCAAUCUUCUGUACUUUAGAAGAAAACUACCACAUUUGCACUGAAGAAAUAUUUAAAUAAUUUAACAUACAUUCCUCUUUUUAUCCAGGUUAUCAGAGAAAAAAAGGUAUUAAAAUAACUUGAGGAAACAUUUGAAUGACAUGUCAUUAUACCUAAAUACCGUGUAGUACAAAGUUAUCUUCAACACAGCACAUUGAAAUGUAUACAUUAUUUGCAUUUAUUGUGCCUUAAUAUUUGUGCCUUCAAGCCAAAGCUGUAACUGCAGGGUACACAACAAAUUCAUUAAAUAUAUGUUAAAAAUGUGUAACCUUAGUAUGUUUAAAGUUUUGCAUUAGGGGUUCUGUUGAACUUAAGCUGUUUGAAGUUACCAUCCUGCCAGAAUAGGUAGGGAAGUACAACCUGUAGUUUCAAGUGGCUGUUGCUGAUGGUGAGAGGAAUGCAGUGAGAGAGAGGGGUUCAAUAUUCAUAAGUUAUGUUCUGAUUCAGCAAAGCACUUUAACACAAAGGCACUAUUCCUGUGUUUGAAAUAUAAAUCAAGCAAGUGCUAUGCUGCUUCAGACUUUUUCAAGUUUAGUGAGCUACUCUUUGAGGUCCAGUAGAAAAUGCAUCUAUUCAUCUUGCUGUUUAAAGGGCACAGGAGAGACUAAAAGGCAACAGAUCUCUUCAGGACAUGGUAAAUAUUGUGCUUUUUAAAAAAUACUGAAGAUGCUUGCUAUUACCUUUGUCAUGCCAAACAAUUGUUAUUUACCCGAUGUUCGCCCAGCGGUCUAAAAGUAAGGUGAGCACAAAGGUUUCUCAUUUCAAGCAGUUGUACCAGAAAAAUAAUUUAAUCAAAUGCAAAGUUACUCUCUCCUUACUGAGAAGUAAACUGAGGCCAAAGCCUGUGCCUCGGCAAAUCGCUCAUCUGCGAGGACUUUUUCCUGCUCAGGAACCAGUCCCAUGGUGAGAGGCAGAAUCCUCCUUCCUCUGUUGC